AUGACAAGUGAACUAUAUCACGCAAACAACGGGCUCGAAAUCGCCCUUGACGAGUACCUCGAAGCUUGUCAAACCUUCCAAAACUCAAACUUGAACGCAACACCUAAGCCUCAAGGAUCUGUCGAUCCCGUUCCGAGGGUAAUCACCUCCGAAUACCGGCGUAUUGCAUUACUCGAGAAAAAAAUGCGACAUGUCAAGGAAACCCUCGAGAUUUCAAGAGGUGGUUCUUCAAUCGUAACACCCAUCAACACCCUUCCAGUCGAAGUGCUCACUCGCGUAUUCUGGCUCGUCACCAAAUCUAAGCCAUGUAAGCUGGAUCCGUGGAGUCUGAAAUACGGAGGGCUACUCAAAUAUCCCGUUCUUUUGACACACGUGUGUCCCUACUGGCGGCAAAUUAUUAUCGAUAGCCCACUUUUCUGGUCACACAUUGACGCUAUCCCGCUGAUGUGCACUGACGAAACAGUAAAAACCCGCAUCCAGACUUUUGUGACACGCGCUGGUUACUCUACACUCGAUAUUCAUAUAAGCAUGCCCUACCCUACCGAUGAACACUGGGAAUCCUUUGGCUUGAGCGAGUUUCUUGGUCCACUCGUUCCUCGUAUACGGUCUCUAGACGUGGAAAUCAUAAUGGAUGACGAUAUUGAAGAUUACGAAGUACAACCUCCGGCAUUGGAUUUUUGCGCUUCGAUUUUGUCUGUCUGUUUGGGCCCGGGUUCUGUGCCUGGGAUCCUCACGGAGGUUAACCUUCGAAUCGAUACGCUGAUAAGGUGUCUCUUCCUAGAAGGAGCUGAGGGUGGGCGACGUGAUGAGAAUUAUCUCUCAAUUGACGUACCUACACAUCAUCUCGAAUCCAUCUGGCGAUAUGUUACCAUUCUUAACUUGGGAGGCAUUUUCCCUUUCUGGUCAAGUGUCGCGUACUCUGGACUUGUUGAGCUCCGCCUUGACGGGAAUAGCUACAUCAACGAUAAAACUAUCUCCGAAUGUCAACUGGCCAGCAUCUUGUCAUCAAGUCCCCAAUUACGAACGUUGAUAAUUUCUCUGUCAAUCGUCCCCGCGGGUACCCCGUGCGUUCCCGUGCUAUUGUCCAGCUUAGAUACACUGGUGUUGCAUCCAGAAGCCACCCACAAUCUUGAAUGCGUUAUGCGUUUACUUAUUCCUGGUCUGAAACCGCUGCAUACUACAAUAGGCGGUAUUGCCAGGGAUCUCGGUGAAAAAAAUACUAUCACCGAGGCAGCCAAAUUCUUCUCCCGCUCUAAUCUAACUACUCUGCACGUAGUGGACAUUGAUAAUUUUUCCAGACUGUUAGGCUCUGUGGACACGAUCCAGGGCCUCGGAAUCACGAUAUCGACGAGGGAGGAUGUGGAGUCUCUUCUAGCUUGCGAAAAGCCGCCCAAUCUAUACCCUCGGCGACUCCACAUCUUUAGCAGAUCCAGUUUUAGUUUCAGUUUUUAUCUACUUUCUCAGUUGGUCCAGAUGUAUACCCCAAGGCAAUUAUUUUUGCGUGGGCUGUAUCGUAUUGAUCGCGAUGGAGUGCAUCUUACAAAAGCAGAUGAUAUCGAACAAGGGCUAUCUAACUUCGGCUGUACUACUGAAGUGAUUUUGCUAGAACUACCUGGUUUCAAAGACGAACCAUUUCUAUCAUUUUAA